AUGGACUCCUCGUCUGUCCAGGAGGACGUUCACUUGGAGAACAGAAGCAGUAAUGGGGCCCCUAGCAGCUCUGAAGAACUUUUGGAUUGUAAAGCCAAGUCAAAUUUGCCAGUUACGGCAGAUGAAAUUAACACUGCCAGUAUUAAUAUCAACGAAGUGCCAAAUGAAGAGGGAAGUCUGGAGAUAAACAGCAAAGCGGAUGCCUGCGAGAAUGGGCCAGAGUCGCUCUUCCCCGACUCUCCUGUAUCUUUUGACCCCACCAGCAGUGCGCAGGGUCAAGAGUCAUCCCCAGGUGUGACUGGUUUCCAUGACAGCCUAAGGAAGUCUCAGGGAACUAGUGCUGAGGGCAUAGUUCUUAGAAAAGAAGCUUUGCAGUCUCUCAAACUAAGUCUUCCCAUGCAAGAAACUGAAUUGUGCUCAGUAGAGUCUUCUCUCCCAUUGGAGAAAGAAGAACAAAUAAGACUUCAAGCAAGAAGACGGCUAGAAGAACAGCUCAAACAAUACAGAGUGAAGAGACAUCAAGAAAGAUCGAAUCAGUCUACGUCCAAAAACCGGCCCUCCAGCACCCUAGAUCCUGAGCUGAUGUUAAAUCCAGAAAUCUUGCCAAGAGCUAGCACUGUAGCAAUGACAAAAGAAUACUCCUUUUUGCGGACCAGUGUCCCCAGGGGGCCAAAACUGGGUAGCUUGGGACUUCCAGCAUCCUCAAAAGAGAGAAGAAGUUCAAAAUCUAAGCCCAGUAAGAUCCGGUCCUUGGCUGACUACAGAACUGAAGAUUCAGGCUCUAGAAACACUACUGGGAAUUUUGUGACUACUGAUUUAUCUGGUGGGACUCUGAAGCAAAGCAGAAGCGGUCCAACAUCAGUUGUUUCUGAAAUUAGUCUACCCUCUGACACGGAUGAUCGGAUAGAGAAUUCCUCCUUGGCAGGAGAUAGCAUUUCAGAGAUUGAUGGGAGUGAAGUGGGAAUGAGGCUGGAUGGAAAUGAGAGUGACAGCUCUACCUACAGCAGCGUGUCAGGAAAAGGGCUGUAUAACAGUUUACAGAAUGCAGAAGGCAAACAGGGUAUUCCGUAUACAAUAAACGGUCAGAAGAUACAUCCUGAUGCAAUGGGGCAAUUUCCUUCCAUCAGUGAAGUGCUACAGGCUGCGGCAGUGGAGCGUCAAGCCCAAGAGCAAGAAGUUAAUGGGGAAGUACGGAGUAGGAGAGACAGUAUUUCUAGCAGUGUUUCUAUGGAAAGCUCAAUCGCAGGAACUCAUGACGAAAUGUUGCAGGUUCUGAAGGAGAAGAUGAGACUUGAAGGGCAACUAGAAGCACUCUCACUAGAAGCUAAUCAGGCUCUCAAAGAGAAGACUGAGCUACAAGCCCAACUUGCAGCUUUGAACAUGAAGCUUCAGGCACAGAUGGAGCACAGCCAAAACAGCCAGCAGAAGCAGGAAUCUCUGAGCUCAGAAGUGGCCACAUUAAAGCAGUCUUGCUGGGAUCUGGAACGAGCAAUGGCUGACCUGCAAAAUACCUUGGAAGCAAAGAAUGCUAGUUUGGCUUCUUCAAAUAAUGAUUUGCAGUUAGCAGAGGAGCAGUACCAAAGACUCCUGCGGAAGGUUGAAGAUAUGCAAAAAAAUGUUCUCACCAGAGACAGCACAGUUCAUGAUCUGCGACAGCAGUUGGCUUCCUUACAGAACCAGCUUCAGAAGGUGCAGUUGGAACGGACCACACUGACCAAUAAGCUAAAGGCGUCUGAGACAGAAAUCACAUCGCUCCAAAAUGUGCGGCAGUGGUACCAGCAGCAGCUUGUACUAGCACAGGAGGCCCGUGUCAGGCUGCAGAGUGAGAUGGCCAAUAUACAGGCUGGGCAGAUGACCCAAGCAGGUGUGUUGGAACAUCUCAAACUAGAGAAUGUGGCACUGUCUCAGCAGCUGACUGAAACCCAGCACAGAUCCAUUAAAGAAAAGGAACGUAUUGCAGCACAGCUGCAAAAUAUUGAGGCUGACAUGUUAGAUCAAGAAGCUGCCUUCAUGCAGAUCCAGGAGGCUAAAACCAUGGUGGAAGAAGACUUGCAGAGAAAACUAGACGAGUUUGAGGAUGAGAAAGAACAUCUUCAGAAAAUGGCUGAUUCUGCAGCAACGUUGGAGCAAGAAUUGGAACAGGUCAAGUUGACUUUGCAUCAGCGAGAUCUGCAGCUUGAAUCUUUACAGCAAGAACACCUAGACCUAAUGAAGCAAUUCACUCUGACCCAAGAGACACUGCACACCAAAGAGCAGUCCCUGGAUGACCUGCAAACACAGUAUGAUGAACUGAAGGCCAGAUUAGAAGAGUUCCAAAGUGACGCUACUUCUAAAGAUGACAUGAUCCAGUAUUUGCAGAAUGAGAAGAUUGUCUUGGAAGUAGCUCUGCAGGCAGCAAAAGCAAGCAAAGAGCAACUUGACGAAGGAGCAAUGCGCCUUGGAGAAGAUACUGAAGUAGCGUCACAGAUCUUGGAACAACUGAGGCAAGAAAUGGCAAUCAAGUCAAGCCAGGUAGAAAAUCUGCAACAAGAAAAUGCCAGCCUUAAAAAACAGGUUCAAAAAGUGAAGGAACAGUUCCUGCAGCAGAAGGUAAUGGUGGAAGCUUAUCGAAGAGAUGCAAGUUCUAAGGACCAGCUGAUUAGCGAACUGAAAGCUACAAAGAAGCGGCUGGACUCAGAAGUGAAAGACUUAAAACGAGAGCUACUGAAAAUUCAAGUUGAAAAACAGUCACUUGAAUCUGAACAUUCGAAACUACAGAAGGAAGUAUCUCAGGUUCACCAGCAGAUGGUGGAAAUAGAAAAUCAUCUUCAGUCAGUGCAGAAAGAACGAGACGAUAUGGAAACACGCCUACAGUCUUUGCAGUUUGAUAAGGAACAAAUGGCAUCUCUUGCUGAGGCAAAUCAGGCAUUAAAACAACAAGUAGAAGAAAUGCAAGAAGAAGCAAAAAAGGCCAUUACUGAGCAGAAACAGAAAAUGAAGCGUCUAGGGUCAGAUCUGACAAGUGCUCAGAAAGAGAUGAAAGCAAAACAUAAAGCCUAUGAGAAUGCAGUCAGCAUUCUUAGUCGUCGGCUACAGGAAUCGCUUGCUGCAAAGGAAUCUGCUGAAGCAGAGUUGAGCAAACUAAAAGCACAAAUCACUGAUGGUGGAAACAACCAGUCAUCCCUUUGUCUUUAGGAAAGGAUUCAAGCUCUGGAGACAGAAUUGCAAGCUGUUAGCAGCAGUAAGUUGAUGCUGGAAAAAGAGCUGCAAGAAGUAAUUUCACUUACCAGCCAGGAGCUAGAAGAAUACAGAGAGAAAGUGCUGGAACUUGAGGAUGAGCUUCAGGAAUCUAGAGGCUUCAGGAGGAAGAUAAAACGUUUAGAAGAAAUUAAUAAGAAGUUGGCCCUUGAACUGGAGCACGAACGUGGAAAACUUACAGGUCUUAGUCAGUCCAACGCUGCUUUGCGGGAGCACAACAAUAUCCUAGAAACAGCAUUAGCAAGAAGAGAGGCAGACUUGGUACAACUGAAUCUGCAGGUUCAGGCAGUCCUAAAGCGGAAGGAGGAAGAGGAUCAGCAAAUGCAACAACUUAUUCAAGCUUUACAGGCUUCCUUAGAGAAAGAAAAGUCAAAAGUUAAAGACCUUAAGAAGCAGGAAGCAGCAGCCAAAGCGGAUGCAGCGCAUAACCGCCGUCAUUACAGAGCUGCUGUGCUUGAGCUCAGUGAAAUCAAGAAAGAGCUACAUGCCAAAGAACUGCUUGUCCAAGCCCUUCAGGUUGAAGUGGACAAACUGCAGGUAGAGGAUGAAAAACAUUCCCAGGAGGUAUCACAGUUUCAGCAAGAGCUGGCAGAAGCCAGGUCUCAGCUCCAACUUCUGCAGAAAAAACUGGACGACAAGCUUAGUGAACAGCCUGUAGUAAGCCAAGAGGUGGAAGACCUCAAGUGGGAAGUAGAACGAAAAGAAAGAGAAAUUGAAACACUUAAGCAGCAGCUGGAUAUGAGUGAACAGCGCAGCCACAAGGAGUUAGAAGGGAUGCAAGUUGUCUUGCAGAAUAUCAAGACUGAGUUGGAAAUGGUGAGGGAAGACCUGUCGGUGACUCAGAAAGAUAAGUUUAUGCUGCAGGCUAAAGUGACUGAACUGAAGAACAGCAUGAAGUCGCUGCUGCAGCAGAACCAGCAACUGAAGUUGGACCUGAAGCAUGGCAAGACGAAGAAGAGGAAGGAACUGAAAGGAGAGAAUAACUCUUCAAAUCCUGUGACUCCAGUCAAGAUUCCCGAUUGUCCAGUGCCUGCUGCCUUGCUAGAAGAACUGUUGAAACCAUCGACAGCUGUGAGCAAGGAGCCUUUAAAAAAUCUGAACAGCUGUCUCCGGCAAUUAAAGCAAGAAAUGGACAGCCUUCAGCGUCAGAUGGAGGAACACACCAUUACAGUACAUGAAUCAAUGUCUUCGUGGACUCAGAUUGAGGGGCAGCUAACGGACCUUACCUCUACCAGUCCUGCAACUGCAUCAGACCAUUUUGCUGUAGAUGGAAACAAACAGAAUUGUAGUGUUAGUGACAAGGAAGCUUUGACGCUGUAAUGUCCUUACCAGUUGUCUUUCUUCCUAUUGCUUUAAGUAUGUAAACAGAUCUUUAUGAAAAUUAUUUAUUUCAUUUUUAAAAA